AUGGAGAGCCAAGAGUUUUCGGGUCCUUCUGGGCUGUCCGCUGGGCACCACACGGCAGAAACAUCCGCUCGCUCCGAAGCCCUCCAGAAGCCCCUUGUCAGGAUAUUCGACAGGAACAAGCAGCUAGAGGAGUCUGAGGAGGCGGGGUUUUCCGAGGAGACCGACGAGCAAGACCAGCGAGGCGAGUCCGAGGAGUAUGCAGAGUCCGACGAGAUCCCCAAUCACUCCAAGCCCUAUGAGCUCUGCCAAUCCUAUGAGUCCCACAAGCCUCUCAAACCACAUGCACCCUACGAGCCCCAUGCGCCCCGUGAGGUCCGCAAGCCCCGCGAGCCCCGAAAGCCCCAGGGGCCCCCUGUUCCCCGCAAGCCCCACAAGUCUCAAGAAAUAGAGUUGCUUCCUAGAGCCAGCGUGAUGGUCUCCCCAUCUCUGCUGAUGAGACUCCCGCCACAGUUUGCACCGUCUUCCCUGAGCGGAUCACGAGUAGAUGUUGUAAGGAAGAGAAUUCAAGAUCUUUCUAGGCCUAAGAAACAAUGGGGAGCCCCAGAUAGAAAACUGUUUUGGGGAAAUCAAGAUCCUAUUCGCCCUGUUUCCCGGAGUGCUAUGAAGGCUCAAAUGACCCAAAGAUUAGAGAGCCUUGCCCAGCCUAAGGAAGUCUCCCACAGAUAUGUACCUAACAGGGUUCAAUAUUAUUAUAGCUGCGGUAGAGAGUCUGUAAUCUGGGAGAUUCCCUCUCCUGCACUGUUUUGCCACCCUUCCAAAAGGAUCCAGAAGCUGGCACAGCCCAACAGAUUCAAGAGAGGGUACCUAACAGACAGACCCUUCAGUGAUUACUUAAUAAGAGAUUCUCUUCAAUUCUCUGAUCCUUCUCCUCGGAUAUUACGACUCUCAGUAGCCAAAGCCACAAAUCCAAACUAUGUUCCUCCAAAGAGUAUUGAAACCAAGAUUUUGUCGUCUACCCUGACUGCUAUUGCAGCUCCUAGAAUUGUAGACCUUGCCCAUCCACGGAUUAAGAUAGAGGGUCUGUGCUUUGAAAGAGAAAGAAGUGAAAAGCCCGUUCGUCCUAUCUCCCACGCUGCCUUGCUGGCCCACCCUAGCCCUCGAAUAGUAGCUCUAGCUAAGGCCAAGCCUCUUCAUAAAGAUUAUUUACCUCCCCGUGAUGCCCUCUGGCCAGUAUCUUAUGCUGCUAUCCAUUCCAAGAUAUCUCCCAGAAUUCAAGAACUAGCUAACCCAAAUACAAGGACUCCUAUGCAUAUUGUAUAUUAUGAUCCAGAAGUCUUUAAAGUCAAGCCAGCUGCGUUGAAAUCACAGUGUUCUCCGAGGAUCCAGGAGUUGGCAGAACCUAUUACUCAUUAA